AUGAUCCAAGUCUCUGCCGCCUUCUUCUCGCUCGCCGUCGCCGUCGCCAGCAGCUAUGCCUUCGUCACUCCGCGCAGCGAUGCGGUGGCGUGCCCGAACGCGCGGCCCGUCAAGGCGUCCGCCGUCGCCGUCGGGGACCGCACCGUCGAGCUCACGACGUUCGCGUGCGACGCGGCGGGUUCCUCCCUCACCGCCCGCACCACGAACGACGUCUGCGGGGUGAACUGCACGAAUGUGUGCGCGGUCGUGGGUGACCUGCCGCCCGACCAGAGCGACUGCUCCGUCAUCUUCGACGCGAUCACCAUCCUCAACGGCUCCGUCGCGCCAGAGUUCUCCGUCGACGCGGGCCACAUGCAGACGCUGUCGUUCGGGACGUGCCGCAUCUUCUUCCAGAACUUCUCGCCGCAGCCGCUCGAGUACUGCUGGCUCUCCUUCGGCCAGGUCGCGUCCGCGGCGGGCUCGGCGUGCUUCCCGCCCGUGCAGCCCGUGAACUCGGAGGGCCUGUGCAUCGCGAGCGACGGGACGUGGCGUGUCGGCAUCGCGCACUCUUGA